CUCAUAAAAUGCACAGGUCUGCCGUCAAGGUCCCUCAGUCAUAAUGACGUUCGGCUGAGCUCUCCGCAACAUACUGUACAACAUCCACCUGCUUCGAAGGCCGUCGCCUCAUUCCCAGCACCAACACAAACCUUUCGGGCCGUCGCUUCUUGUGUCUUAGCUCACUCGUCCCCUUUAACGAGCAAUUGCAGUUCCAACCAUUCCGACCACCCCGUCAUGGCGCCCUCCAACAAUGACCCCGUCCCCCUAACCGAAGCCGAGCUAGCCACCCACUCCACCGCCUACAAGUCCCUCCGCGAACGCAAAGGCCACUUCAACGGCGGUGAGCACGACCGCGAUGUCGACGGGUACGGCGGCAAGAAGCACAUCACCAUGAAAGCGCUUGCAGAUACGCUGGGAAGGAAAGGCACGCCUGCGAUUAAAAUUCUGGAAGUUAUGGGGGCGCCCGAUGAGAUUGUGCCGAAGGUUGGGGCGUCGAAUGUAGGGCCGUUGGAUGCGGCGGGACCGGGGGCGAUCUCGAAUGCAAUGCCCGGCCCUGUGGUCGGUGGUGGGGAAGUGAACGCACUAGGCCCUGGGUCGGGGAAUCCGUACUUCAUCAUUUAUCACUGGAGAGGGCGUCAUGACUACCUUUGGUUCCUUGUGGACGGGACAGAGCACGAGAACAUUGAGGGUUACGGCUGGUAUGCCGCUGGCGACUAAAUGAAAGACCAAGACAUCCUUCCCCCAUUCACUGUCGGCAAAUGACAAUCCAUUGACGAAAGACCAUCUUUUUCUGUUACGCGAACUUCAUGUAUAUAUGUAUGUAAAGAAAUAUCACACCACGAUGCAUCAUGCA